AUGCACCUGUGGACCCGAUUUACUGCAUACCUUACUUACUUAGACUAUUCAACCAAGAAAAAAGUUCCCGACGCGACGCGACGACAAUAUCCUUAGGGAAUCAAUCGUUCGCCGCGCACGGUUUUGGUUUAUGGGACUAUGUUUAAAUCAUUAUAAUCUUGCGACGCUACAGGGUAUUCUCGAUGACAUAACCAACCUCUGUAGGGUACGGAGCUGUGGCAUUUUAGUGGGACAUAAUGGCGACUUCUGACGAUGAAGAAGAACGAAUGCGAGUUGACAAGGAAGAAAACGAUGCCCUCUCAUCAGACUCCAGCGACAGCGAGAAUGGUCUGUCUGGCGACGAAGACCCACCUCCAAAGAUCGAGUGGCUGGCGACUGGUCGAGAAAAACGAUCCACUGCUGGCAAUCGUAUGAAGUCGAUGAUUGCUGCAGAGGAACCCGAUGACGAACUCGAACUUCUUUUCGCUGAAGAUGCCGACGACGCAGGCUUUACAGAUGUCGAAGAUGAGGGAUCUGAUGCCCAUAUGUCAUCUUCUGAAGAUGAGGAUGCACAGGAGAAUGCUGACGAUCUGGAAGGGGAGAAAGAGCUAGAGAAGCAAGCACGCGAGAGCAGGCAGGCAGCUCGUAAGCGCAAAGCACAAGAGGCAAUACCACUCAAAUUUCGCAAGAAAGUUAAGAUAGACACCUCACAGACGCCAAGCGCAAGCGCUACACCUGCACCUAAACCCAGACCAAGAAAGAAAUCAGAGAGAAUAAGUUGGCUUCCCUCUCCAGCCGAUAUGCCUACUAGGGCCUCCAAGCGGGAGACUACGAUGGCAGGAAAAGAACAGCUCCAUAAGCAAAUGGCGGAGCGAGAAGUCAAACGGCUUCAACAGAUAGAAGCUAUGGAGCGAAAAGCAAAGAGAAUGGAGGCCCUCAAGAAACCACCCAUGACACAGGCAGAACGCCUUGCUGAGGCAGCACUCGUGGAGAAAAGGAACGCUAAGAGUUUGAAUCGCUGGGAAGAAGCCGAAAAGCAACGAGAAGAAGAGAGAAAGGCAAAGUUGGCUGCCUUGAACAACCGAACGCUGGAGGGGCCUGUUGUCACUUUCUGGAGUGGUGUCGGAGAAUGGGUAGAUGGGAAACUGAAACACGUCGGGAAGAUCGUUACCAUCGAAGAAAAGCCAACUAAAAAGAAACGACAGUCUGCCGUUGGAGUGGAAGAAACAGCGGAUAGCUCACAUGAAGACAAACCUGGGCAAACCGAUGAUAUGCGUCCUUCUCCUGAUAGACCUACUUCCAAUGGUCACAAUCCUGGAUUGUUAAAGGAAGCCAACCCAAAAUCAAAACAAGUCAAGAGUGGCGAGGUGUCUGUAUCAGAUCAUGAAGGCUUGGCUGGCGCGAAAACCGAGAAUGUCAAGUCCUCUACGGGCGUUGGGCAAGAAGCCCAACCAGGACAUACUGUAAUCUCCGAGAUAGCUUCAGCUACUCCGCCUAUUCCACAUACUGCCACUCCAAUACAAGAAGCUCCGGGUGCCCUCGCUUCUCGUGGUCAAGCCGUAGGCCCUGUCGAGACUAUUUCUCAACCUCAAAUACCAGCCCCGGCAGAUAUCAGGCCACCGGAUCUCAAACCCCCUGACCUACAGCCACCUAACACCGGCUUGUACACGACCAGCAUGUUCGCACCACCUACUCAGCCGUCAUUGAUGCAGCCUCUGGACAUGAAACCGCCCUCAAAUAGUUUUCUAGCACCUCCUGUGGGUGUCUCCCAAACUGGGUUAUCUAUGCCUAUGAUUGGAUAUCAACCUUCAUCUAGCUCGACCACUUCUUCUAAUGUCCUCGCACCUCCUAACCCGACACAUAGACAGUCGCCACUGUCAAUGCCUCAAACAAAUAUCCAUGCUCCACCGGUAUCGACACCUAACCAACCCGGAGUAGUCACUUCAACACCAAUACCUUCGACUUCAUCUACACCGUCAACAACUCCGGCCUUUCCUCAUGCUCGCGCGUCGAAAGCACCAGGGAGCACUAUGAAAUCUGCUAAAGCCAAUGCUCAAAAGCACUCAACUAAAGAGGCUGCGCCGCCUCCACCGCCGCCGCCACCCGCUAAUGGUAAAGCUACACGCAAUUGUAUCAUACUACAAAACUUCAACGAAAAUGCAAUUAAGGAUAAGUCGGUUCAGACUCGUAUUUUAUUUGGUCGGGAGAUGAGUAAACUGCCAAAACACGGACCUGCCCCUCGUUGCGUUAUUACGAAUCAUCCGGCGAAGUAUCGAGAUGCCAAGACGGGUUUACCGUACUACAAUGCAUACGCCUACAAAGAGAUCCGGAAGCUGUACAGCGGCGAGUAUAAAUGGAGCAGCCUGAUAGGCGCAUGGGUAGGUAGCGGAAAAUCUGCAGCUCUGGGUGUUCCUGCAAGGUUCACGGAUCCAGAUACGCCGCUACCUGCUAGAGAAAAGGCCGCCCCCGAACCAGUCACGAAGAACGAAGAAGUAACAGAUACUAACAAAAAUAUGAAUUGCCAGGCGAUGGGCAACAAGGCUGAAGAGGUUUCAACAUUGUCUACGUCUCACUUAGAUAAGACAGUUUCUUCGGCUACCGAGGGUGAGAUAAGUAAAGAUACUACGGCCGCGGUCAAUGAACCAGGGAUAGAACCCGGCAAGGCUGAGGCUCACUUUACUAACACUCAGCCGUGUGUUCCAACAACCACCGCUACAUUUGCCGUGGGUACAGAUUAUACCACCAGCUCAGAUGGACCAUCGACUAGCAACACUCAGACAGGGCCCCUACACAACAUGGACACCGUAUCGCCAUCCGAUGUGACGAACACGCCUUCGAAUCCAUCGGGGCUACCUAUACCAACAGUGGGCCUCUCACCCACACGUCAGGCGGCGCCUCCCUCCACGACUCGUCCUUAGGAACUAUGAAUCCACGAAAGACGUUGGCGGACUUGAGAAUUUGGUAAAGGGCAUCGCUUCUUGAAGCCUUCUAUGUAGAUAUAGAUAUAUCAAAUUCUCGAAGUAUGAAAAUAAAGAAGCCCAAAAACAAAAAAAAGAUGAGCAACCCUAACGCCUAUGCGAUGCAUGCUUGUUUCAUUGGCCAUAAU